AUGACUUGGCGCGUCGACUCGUGGCACCUUAACGUUGAUGCCGGCGAUUCAGCUAUUCAUGUUCUUGUAGAAAUCGUCAAUGACCAACUACUUCCAACAAAAGUUGUCCUUGUUGACGCCGGGUUUCAAAACUACGGUGGUAUUUGGAUUAACAAAGCUCGCGGCAAACUCAAAGCUCAUUAUGGGCUGCCAGAGGACAUCAAGUUCGACGGUCUUGUCGUUACGCAUUUUGACGCGGAUCAUUAUGGAGGUAUAUUGGACCUUUUUGACGACGACAUUCAAAAUCAGUGGAAGAGAAAACUGGAAGACAAGGACGAGAAUGAGUCCUCCCACCAAGAACUUAACAACAAGUGGGAAGAGUUAAUGGGAUCGUAUUCACCAAGCUUUUUGAACACGGGAGCCCAUAUUUAUAUGCCAUACUGGGAUCAAUGUCACACAGAAACGGAGCUGAGAAAUGCGACUGGUAACGUCAAUCUUCGUCCCGCAUCGUGGACCAGGAUUGCCAAUGGAUUUUGCAUCAAAAUGGCGGGAAAAUGGCCGACGGCAGUUGAAGUGCAAAGUCCUGCCAUUGCUACAAUACAUGCCGAUUCCACCACAUUACUCGGUUUCGACUUCUUCUAUGGCCAACAGGCUUGUACCGAACCAGCUAAGAAUCUGACAGACCCCAAGAUGGUCUCCAAGUCUCUGAAAGAAUAUCGUCCUUCGAUGUUCUGCGUUAUGGCGGAUAUGUAUAUCUGUGGUAACUACACAUAUAAGGGCCUUGAAGAGUGGAAAUGGGACAAGAAAAACUUUGGAAGCCCGUUCGUCAUAGCAAAGGGCGAUAUGAAGGAAGAAGAAGCCAAAGAGGCUGAAAUAAGCCAAGACUCGGACACAAAUUUGGAACCACAACGCGACGGUCCCGUUGGAUUCAUUCCAAAAACAGAUACAAAGAACAACAACUCAUCGAUAGCCUGCAUGAUCAUCUGGAAGAACACAGAGAAGGCACAGGUAUCGCACUACUUUGCAGGCGAUCUCAGCGAGGUCACAGAGCAGAUGGUGCUGAAGUGGUCGACUGUACCAAGUGCUGAUGAUCCUAAGAAGAGGCUUCCAACAAAAGUCAAGAUCAUGAAGAUGUCCCACCACGGUGCGCGACAGUCCACUCCAUUCGAGAUGCUUUAUUCCUUUGAUCCCGAGUACAUUUUCGUCUCCAACGCCGUGAGGGACGAUUGGCGCCAUCCAAAACCCGAGGUUCUGCUGGCCAUAGACGCCUGGAAGGAAUGGAAAGCUGCUGAAGCGAUACAACCCGAAGGCCAAAAGCCGCUGGACUUUCUGGUAGCUAAUUACCCUCCAUGGCUGUCCAUGGCUGAUGACAAGCCUUUUAUGGAUCCUGGAGGUAUAACUGACAUGAGGAGGAUUGCCUUUGUUCAAGAAAUUCAGCGGCUGUGCCAGAAAUCAACAAACAAUUUCUUUGACCAAACGAAGGGCAUGACAACAGAGCAAUUCAAGAACUAUUUGGUUAGCUAUUUGAUGCCCCGUUGGUAUCAAUUGAGCACCUUGCAUCCUUCUGAUUAUGCAGAUUGCACCAGCACGGUGGCCAAAUACUUCACGAUUUCAUCAAGCCAGAAGAUACGUUCUAUCUACUUUGCCCAGACAGGCGAUGACCAGACACACGACGACGAGGUCAGCAUGGUCAAAACGACCUUACAGGACAUGGACGCAAUUAUUGCGACUGAAAUUCCGCCACCAGUGAAGAACAAUCGGACAGUAAAAGCCCCGACGGUGGAAAAGAGAAGAUCCCAGAGACUCAAAGACAAAAUGACACCAGAAGUAUCUGACGAUAUUAAGGCCAGGCCGUCUGCUAUUGCGAAGAUGGCUGUAAAGAACAAACCGAAGAACAAGAAGGAGCGGAGGGGCUUUCAGGACGAGGACGAGGACGAGGUGGAAUUCUCCAGCUCUCACACAGAGCCCCAACGCGAGCACUCCGAACAUGAGACAGACGUCGCAGCAAAAGAAGCCACCCCCGAUGAUUGCUUCUUCUUCGUGCCCCCAGAGGCUUUUAUCAACCUCGACUCACAGACAUCAGUCGAGGUGCAAGAUCCGAACCUCUGUCGCUUCCUACGUUCUCUCGCAUUUCCCGCCUUAAUCCUCUCUCGAGUGCCCGCUUCUGAUGAGCUUGCUGACUAUGAGCUUGACGCCUGUGAUGAGAUAUCGAGGUGGUUCGGCGGCCUAUUUCGAGCUGGCCAAGCAAUGCGUUUUGGUGCUCGAGCUUCGGCAAAGGAUAUUACGCAACUCAGUUUUGAAACAAAUCUCGUCGCCAUUGAACCCAAGCUAGCUUCCAUUAGCAAUCCAGGGUCGAAUGCCUUCUCUCAGAUGCUUCAGUUUCGCACUGAUCUGGGCAGCCGGUCUCUUGGAGUUCCAUCUACCGGCACAGGAGUAGCCAUUGAGAAUAUGCUCGUGUUUGGUCUUGAUCCCGAAGCGGCAAAGGAAUGGAAGAUUACUCUGAAAGAUAUGUUCAACUUCUUACAGUGGGAUCCACUGAACGUUGUCUUAUCCGGGGUACUGAAUGAAGGUUUUGUUCUAGAUUCUGGGUCUCAUGGUGCCAGUCGGAAUGCAGUCUGGUUUAUACCGAGCGGCAGCACACAUCGCACUGUUCUUCGACUUCAGUUCUCUCAUGUUCAACAGUCAGGCGAGAAGCCAACGUGGCUAAACAAAGUGUUUGCCAAAUUCGGAAGAUUCGUUGAUCUGUCUGUGGACUCCCCAAUACAAGCCAUCUUGCGUAAGACCUACAGCAUGGAGACCAAUCUCCAUGACAAUUAUCUUGCCGCUGUUGAAUGGGAGCUUACAGUCAGAGCCAAAGUUACAAUCGCAAACAAAUCAACUGACUCUCUCAAGUUCUGGGCUUCCAUAAUUAUCACACCACAAAAGACACAGAUGGUGUUAAUGUUCUUGGCUCCCGAAACACACGGAGUGGCGGAAAAUAGCGGAACCGACAUUGGCUCACUCUGCGACUUUAUAUCGGGCUUUCUCCCCUCAGAUUUGCCGGUUCCCUCUGUGAAGCAAUACAUGCCAUCUGCUUCUGGCAUCAUGCUUCGAAAGAUUGUGUUCACUCGCGGCGGAGGACGAAAGGACUCUGUUGAUAUCGAUUUCCAGGUCAAUCUCGCAUCAGCCCCUUUCUUGGUCACAGUUCGUCUGGGACACGAGCCGCAAUUCAGCGGUAAUUUGUUUCCAUGUUUGGGAUUCCUCAAGGAACCCAACAUGGCCUUCUACCCUGUGUAUGAGGACCAUCUCCUUAUGCUACCCAUCGGAUUCCAGGAGGACAAGGGCAUCCGCUUGAAUGAUCUCUACUACACUCUCUCUGGCAAACAGCUCGAGGGUAAUUCCCCUUGCGGUUUAGACUUUGUCACCUUAUCAUUCACACUGGAUGCAUCAGCAAUCACGUUCGAGGGCGUCCUUGCGAAAGUCCGUGCUCAAGAACCCAAGUUCAAACCAAGUGACAUGCCAGGACUUCCGGAUAUACAACUCGACACUGGAAUGGCACUUUUCGAGUAUAACUUUUCUAAGAAGAGGUUCCAUUUCGUCACGAGCUUCAGCUUUAGACUUGUUCCACGAAGUAGGGACCAGUAUCCGACUCGAAUGGCCAUGUCUAUUCAAUAUAAUGAUCAAGGGUGGCUCCUGGCAGGCUCUGUUAACCAUCUCAGCUUCAGCCAUCUUUAUGAAUUCUUUGAUAAUGACACUGAUGAAGAGAUCCUCGAUAUCAUGGAGAAGAUCGAAAUUAACUAUCUGUCACUCUCUUACCUCUACAAACUGGGUGGCCAGAGAAAUUCUAUUGAGUUUGAGGGUGACUUCAAACUUGGAAACUUGGGAUUGGACUUUCAUUACCGUAGUGAGGGCGACGGGAACUGGAACUUAAAUGCAACCCUCAAGAGGAAUACGCCACAGACAACGAGCCUCGCCAGCAUCAUCUUGGAGUUUUGCGAAAAGGAACUACUGGAUAAUCUUCCAACCUGCCUCACAGACAUUCCAUUUGGUCAUGGUGGAACUGGACUUGCGACCAAAAGUGGUGCCAUGGUAGACCUCAGAAUCGGCCAAGUUGGUGGCUGUGUCAUCUUGGUUUGCGAGAUCAACAUCACUAGCGACUUGACCAUCAUCUUUGCCCAUUUGAAGCCGAAGAGAUCCAAAGUUUCGGACACCAACCCUUACCCUACCAAGCGAGUCCUCUUCUUCAGGCUGGCGGAUAUCAAUCUGACUGGGAAGGCCUCUGCUUUCGUCUCGGCUCUGGUCCAGCCAUUCGAUGAGCUGCACUUUGUAUGGGUCGACGGAGGCAAAGCCGAGCAGAGAAAGGCAGCUGGGCUUACCCGAUCCGACGUUGAUGUACUGAACAAAUUCCUUGCUGGGAAGCAUUCUCUACAGUUCAAAGAUACAGCUGCCCAUCCAUCUGAGAGAAGUCUUUUGCGGGAUGCUCCAGCUUCAAGUGGUGUCAUUCUCAAGCCUGGCUGUCAUUUCCUUGUUGUUGACGAUUCAAAGGUCAUUCUCGACUACUCUUUUCAAGGUAAGGGAAAAGGCUCAGGUGGCAAAAAGACUGCAGACAGCGAUGGUGAGAGCGAGCAUUCAGGAGAUGCUGCACCCCUGAAGAAGCAAGUAGGGCCAGUGAGCAUCUCGGGUAUCAGCCUCGGCUUCAGCAGGAACAGGUUGAGCAUCAUCCUUACAGCUACGGCUCAGCUUGGGACCUUCAGUGUGAGUCUGGUAGGCCUCACUAUUUACGCAGACUUUGCCAAAGCAGGCCAUCUACUUGACUUUGAGAAUGCCCAGGUUGGGAUCAGCCUAUCCGGACUAGCCCUUGGGCUUGACUCAUCUCCAUUACGCAUGGCUGGAACUUUGAUCAAGGAGAGCAGCCAAGACCAACAAAAGGAUGUAUUCUCUGGUGGUGCUACAGUCGGAUUCAAGAAGUACUCCAUACUUGGACUUGGCAAGUACUCCGAGACAAAGAGCACGGGUGCAGUCAGUUUCUUUGCUUAUGUACAGCUGAAUGGGCCUCUUGCAAAAAUCGGAGCAGUUGAGAUUUCUGGCGUCAAGGCUGGUGUUGGGUACAACACUGCCAUUCGUACCCCUGAUUUGAAUCACAUUGCAGCCUUUCCCUUUUGUGCCCAAACACCAAGAUCAUUGCAAGAGAUUGGCACCGCUUCAAAAGAUCCUCUGCAGAUUCUGGACGGUUUCCUCAGCCAGGGAUGGUUCUAUGAUUCACCGGGAAACACGUGGAUAGCGAUGGGUAUGGAGGCUGUUAUUUGCGAGACUGCAAACAUCUCGGCAGCCGUGAUAGCUACAAUCACCCCCAAGGUAUUACUCGACAUAUAUGGUCAGGGCAAGGUUCAGAUGCCUCCCAGUGGUGAGGCGAAGAAGGCAUAUCUGAACGUUGACAUUGGUCUCAAGAGCUCCGUCGACUUUAACACGGGCUCUAUGGUCAUCGAGUCUAGUCUUGGCCCCCAGUCCUUCAUUCUGGACCCGGCCUGUCACCUCUCGGGCGGCUUUGCCAUUGCCACUUGGUGGGAUCCGUCAAAGGCUGCCGGCGACUGGGUAUUUACCGUUGGCGGGUACCAUCCGCGGUUCAACCCGCCGCAGUACUAUCCAAAGCCCGAAAGACUUCAAGUCUGGUGGAAUGUCGGAGGUGGGGUCAGUAUUUCUGGCGGUGCAUACUUUUCCAUAACGCCGGAUGUCAUCAUGGCCGGCGCAAAUAUGACUGCUAGUUAUACGACUAGAAUCAUCCAAGCUUCUUUCAACGCGUGGGCCGACUUCUUGAUCAAAAUUGCACCAUUCUACUUCUCGGCCGAUGUCGCGGUGUCAGUUUAUGCCCAAGUCAAAAUUGGGUAUGGCUGGCUGGCUUGGACAUUCCGCGCUAGUCUGGGUGCCAUGCUUUAUCUUGAAGGACCUCCAGUUCAUGGGACAGUGCGGGUUGAGGCUUGUUCACACAACAUCACCGUUUCGUUUGGUUCUUACCCCGUAAACAAGAACACAGGACCACUAGGUUUCGAUGCGAUGUGUCAGUUGCUCCUCAAAGAGGCUAAGAAGAGUGACAAGACAUAUCAUCUUCUGAAUCUGAUAUCAGGUGGUUUGCCAACAGUUCCUGAGUCAGUCGAGUCCUCCCAUGAUACGCCAUGGGUUGUCAGACCUGCGAUAUUCUCAUUCCACGUUCAGUCCAUUAUCCCUGUAUCUAAGGCUGCAAUCAACCCACCAGCAAUUAUCAAGGACCCCAAAGCCCUUCAAGCACUCGGAAUCAACGGGGACGUUACCAAAAUACCUCAUGUGUCGGUAACAAGCAAAGCCAAGGUUCCCAUCUACUCAAAGCCCAUGCAGUUAAGUGGUAGCAACGACAUGAAGAGUGAGCUAUUUGUCACAAUUGCUAUGGGCAAGAGCCCGCACCCCUCAGCCGCAUUCAUGAUACAAGGGGUCUAUGAUAACGUUAGCAGUACGCUCUGGGGAGAAUACAAGCAAUCUGAAGAUCCACUUCGAAGCGGAAACAACAUCACGGCUCUCCUCAACCCCCCAGCUGCCGGUUCACGUACCAAGCUCAUGACUGGCAUUACUGUAUCUUCGGUUGGCCCAACCGUUUCGACUGAUACUCUCGGUAGAUUCGACGUGUCUCUCAUCUCUGAAGCUGAACUGUUCGACUCAAAGAGCCAGCCCAUCUUACCCUCCCAAGCCUCACAAACAUAUGGCCUUCCAAUGAAGCGAACACUCGAUAUGACCCCGAAGGAAAACAGCCUACAGUUUAGUGCCCGAUGGGGUCUUGGGCGGCCAAGAAGACGAGCCGUGAACACUUCACGAGUCAAGGAAUCGGCAUCGAAGACCAAUAAACAGCCAAAGGAUCUUUGGGAUGAGGUAGCCGAGUACUGGAGUGACAACAACAAAAGCGAUAUCCGUCGCGGCGUCGCACAGGCUGCAACAGCCAUUUUUGGGUGGGAGGAAGAUGCCUUUGCAGAUAUCUCCAUAAAACCCAAGCUCCUACUCGCCCAAUUUGAGGACAUCUAUUUGGCACCGCCACACAUCUCUGCCCCAGUCACUCCCUCGAAUGACACGGCGCAUCAGCAUAUAGAGAGUCAUUUUAUUCUUGGUGCUGAGAACAACUGGACUCCUACUAUUCCCUGUAAAAUUGAUGUCCAUGUUCGCUUUGAAAGGGCAUUUGACUUCCCACCUGUGAUCCUUUCUGGCAUCACAGCUUUCGAUUUCGCUGGCCCAAACUCUCCAAGGAUGUUAAUCCAGUCCGACGAAAUCACUCGACAAGGCUUUCUGAUGAGUAUAUCAAGUUGGGACUACACAACGUACGCUUUUGAUACUAACUGGAUGGCGUUGUAUCAUCCGGACAUUCAUUUUGAACAUGGCAAUGUUGACUCAAUGGAUGUCUUUGGUAGGAAGCAAUUUCAGGAUGCCGUUUGCCAUGUCACUUUCUCCACACCAUACAUCUCGGAGCCGCAGGUUGUUUGUUGGUUCACCUGGAUAACGCCUCUUAGGCACUGUGAGUUGGAGUGCAAGGUCAUUAGAGUGACCAAGUAUGGGUGCACCAUCAGGAUCGGGUCCUGGGGUGAUCAACCUUCUCCGUACUACAGAGCAAAAGUUUCGUGGUUGGCAUUCAAUAGCGAUGCUCAAGGUGUUCAGGCAGGAGUCCGCGAAUUUAGCGACAAUAAAGGUUGGACUGCAGAAACACACUUGAAUAACUUCCACCACCCCCCAAAGGUAUUCUUUGGGAUUAGCCAUUUAAACCACAAGCGCGACAACUUACACAAAGGUACAAGGAUAAGGACACAGGUCAAUUCUGUUACUGCGGAAAAGAUGCUCUGGGAGGCAAAAGCAAUUAAUGAGCCUGCUAUGGAUGGAGUCCAUGUAACUUAUGUAGUAGUAGAACCAUAG